AUGGCUGCCAUGGCUCCCAAUGCCCUCUGCCUGCUGACACCUCCGCUCGCCUCUCUUCCCCUCUCGCCUCUGCCCUCUGCCCUCCUCUCCUCACCUCCCACGCCCACCCUCUUCUGCCCGCCAUGCCCACUCUGCCCACUCUUGCACGCACUGCGUGACUGCGCAGCCAGUGCUACUCUAGUCAUCUGCCCCGGCCCUGCGCCUGCGCAGCAGAUGACUGCCAUCAACCCAUCUCCACCUCCCCAUGCACGACACACCACCCUCACAACUUUCGCCUCCGCAACGCCUCGUGCGAUCUCUCAACACAACCUUUUCUUCUCCCAAUACUCUAACCCCCCCCCCAUCUCUCGAUGCUGCGAACUCUUCAGGCAUGUGCCUGCAAGUGUCUCAUGCCUCGCUUCGCCUCUUGCUGAGCGCCUCACGCCUUGCUUCUCCCAAUCCGUCACCCCCGGCAGACUGAUCUGGACUCUUGCUCAGGCCAGCCCGCCCAAUCCGGGCUUUCGGCCUCAGCGACGCCGGCCUCUAUCCGUUCCACAAACUCGUGCUCAAAUAUUUUUCUCCCGUUGUCAAUGGCUUGCGCAAACCAUUCCAGAGCGUCCUCCAUCCACUAUGGCCGCCCCCCCUCCCUCCCUCCCUCCUAGGGCAAGCGAGAUAAGAACGCUCGGCCCACGCAACCGCGCCCCUACCAGCCCAGGCAACCAGCAACCGUCCACCAAACCGUUCCAGCUGCCCUCACGCCCCCCAUGCCCUCCCCAUGCCCCCUCCGGACGAAUCACCACCCUGCCCUCAACUGCAAGUCACUUGCACGCCUGUAUCCAACACGAGCACGAGCACGAGCACGAGCAGCCUGCAUGCACUCCUCCCAUCCAAACUAUAAUACAUACGCGUUCAGAGACAGCCCCCACGCUUCUCCUCUUUGCCUAG